GUGGUUAACGGUCGGCGUUAGUCAGUACGUGCCGUCGCACCGAUCGCGUCGCAUUGAUCCUAUCGGGGCUGUCAGAGGCAGCGUAGAUCGCGUUACUCGCAAUUCUCGAAUUCGACACGACGAGAGAGACGCGAGAGAGAGAGAGAGAGAGAGAGAGAGACAGACGCGCGUCGAAGAAAUUUUCGACGAGGUGCUCGGCUUCGCUCGGUUGGUAGAUCGGUUAGGGGUCCUGGUCGCACCCUCGGGACCACCUGGAGGAGAGCUAGUUUCGAAACUGUCCCGGGCUAGAUUCAAACACGAAGCCGCUAACGGCGAUCCAGACUGCCGCAGCUAACAUCGACGCACUCGGUUUUCUCGGUACCACGAAGAACUCGAGGGGAAGGGUUGACACCGGCCAGCAGGACACUCCAGGAUGACGAUCAACCCGUCGUCCAUGGUGAUCGACUACCUGGUCUUCGUCGGGUGCAUCGUCGCCUCGUUCGUGAUCCCGCUGUGGGAGAAGUUCCGGGGCCGGCGGAAGGAGACCACCAAGGCCGACUAUGUGUUCGCCACGGGGACCGUGUCCAUGGGCGCCAUGAUGCUCUCGAUCGCUAGGGGCACCCUGGGAGUCAGGUCGUUCCUAGGGUAUCCAUCCGAGCUGUAUUACAGGGGCAGCGCGAUGUGGGAGACCGUCUACGGCAUGCUGCUCGCGUACCCCAUCGUCUGCUUCAUCUUCGUUCCUGUUUACUACAGCCUCGGCAUCACGUCCGUCUACCAGUACCUGGAUAUGAGGUUCAAGUCGAAGCUAGUCAGAUGCAUCGCCAGUUUCUCCUACGUGAUACGGAGCCUGCUGAACUUGGCCGUCACGAUAUUCACGCCAUGUGUCGCGCUGAAAGCCGUCAUCGGGCUGCCGUAUUGGGCCAGCAUCAUCGGCAUCACCUCCAUAUCGGUCAUCUUCAGCGUCAUGGGAGGACUGAAAGCAGCCAUUCUCUCGGACGUUAUACAAGGCGUGACGAUGAUCGGUGUCUCUUUGGUGAUAGUCGCAAGCGGCACCGCCGAUAUAGGAAUCGAUAAGGUCAUGAACGUGACGUACGAGCGCGGCCGGCUCGACUUUUUCAACAUGGACUUGGACCCAACGGUGCGAGUGACCACGUUGUCGGCCACCUUAGGCCAGCUGUUCAUGAGCCUGUCCAUCUUCGGCUGCCAGCAGAACUUCGUGCAGAGGUACUGCAGCAUGACCAGUCAGCGGAAGGUCGUCAAGACGAUGAUGGCCAACAUGCCCAUCAUCUUCGUGCUGUUCUCGCUGUCCUGGGUGGUGGGAAUGGUGAUCUUCUCCAACUACGCCGACUGCGACCCGCUGACUCUCGGCUACAUCUCCAAAUUCGACGAGAUCGUGCCAUUCUACGUGGAGGACAAGUUUAUGAACAUGCCGGGUCUUCUGGGGCUAGUUAUGGCAACGUUGUUCAACAGUGCGCUGACGUUGGCAGUGUCGAACCUGAACUCCCUCGCCACGGUGACCUUCGAGGACUUCCUGGGCCAGAUACCGUCGCUGAGGAACCUGAAGGACCACCAGCAGCUGCACUUCAUCAAGGUGAUCAGCGUGAUCUAUGGAAUUUUGAUAGUGGGCAUCAGUUUCCUGGUAGCAAUGCUGUCCGGCGUGAUCGAGUCGUCGAUGCUGAUGACCUCGGCCACCUCCGGCCCACUGCUGGGUGUCUUCUUGCUGGCCAUGUUGGUACCUUGCGCCAACUGGAAGGGCGCGGCGGCUGGCAUGAUCUUCAGCCACAUAACGACCCUUUGGAUCACAUUCGGACACUUGACGGUGAGCAACACGGUCGAGACGCUGCCUCUAUCAACGGAGAACUGUCACAAUGACACGUUCUCCCCGUGGAUCACUCAGCCAGGCAACGCGUGGUACACCAGCCCCAGUUUCCUCAACAAAACCGAGAGCUUGGUACCCAACAGCGUGCCCAGUGAACCUACCGGUGCCCUUCAUUUUAUCUACAGCAUCACCUACAUGUACUAUGCUCUGAUCGGCAGCCUGACCACAGUGCUGGUCGGCAUAAUCGUCAGUCUGAUCACCGCCGACUCUCAAGCGGACAUGUACGAGGAGCAUCUGCUUCAUCCGCUAGCAGUGAAGCUCUCGCGCUUCUUCCCAGGAAGAAGAAGACUGUACGCCAGCAGCACCAGGCUGCAGAACGAGCACAACAACAUGAACACCACCUCGGCGUCUUCUGUGAUCUCCAUAACGAACGGAGGCGCGGAGAAGACGUUCCAAGGGACCCUGGACGAGAACGGCAAGCUUCGCAUCGACAACGGCUACAUCGAGAAGCUGAACGCCUUGAAGACGGUAUCCCUGGACGUGACCAACGAGGUCAACAAAGGCACCAGGCUGUGAGCUGGUCGACGGAAGAACACCUUGGCUGUGAUUCGCGAAGGUGACUUGGGUGAUCAGGUGAUUCUGUGCGUAGUCGGCUGUACAAGUUCGUCGGUACCAUUGGGAUUCGAUAAUUAGUCCCCCCUUUAACUCUUAGAAUGCUCAUCAUCUCCCCCCGUUUGUCCGAACGUAGCCAGGCCAGAUUCUCGAAUCGUUAGAUUCUGCGUAACUCGCAGGAACUCGGAUCGGGUUAGUCACAGUUCACCGUAGAGAUCUUUCUUAACUUACAAGGUCGCUUCAGAGGACCGUAGUCGGGCCAGAAAGAUUUUGGACAGCGUCGCGCAGGCGCAAGUGUCACGUGAACGCAUGGAAUAACCACUCCGCGCAUUGAAAAGCCACCGGCCCCGCCCACCGGCAGUUCCGGCGACGCCCACUGGCCCCGGAAUCGGUCGGCCAGGCGAUUCCUGUACUUCUAAGAGAACAGUCCCGAUUGGAACCGUUCGAGCACGACACAGGGUAAACGGCAGUACAAAGAUAGGCUCGGGAACGUGACAUGCGCGCUUGAGCACGACCCAUCUUAAUUAAUCUUACCAGCAGGCGGAGCUUCUAGCAAAAAAUACUCGAUCGAAACAAUUAUCCGAACGUUCAGCCAAAGUUAACGAUAGUAUCGUGUAGUUGUUAGACAGGCAUAUAGAAGGAUCUAGUAAUGUUUAGAGAAAAAAAGGUAUCGAUAGAAUAGUGAAUGUUCUAGAUCGUUUACUGAAUACUUAAUCAACUAUCUAUCGUUAUGUAAAAAUUAUAAUGACGCUUAAGUAGCACGAUGAUAUAGUAAAAUGCUUUUUCGAUGCUUCCAGAAAAAACGGAUGUUCAAAUCCUUCCACGAAGCAGCGUCGAAUUUUCGCGUACUGUACUUCGCAUGAACGUCGAGCAUGUCCGGCUGCGCGGUUAAUGUUUCGUUUAGACAGGACGAGUUUGUAUCAUUGUAUUUGCCUGUGUGUCGUGAAUCUCCAUGCGCUUAUGGCACCGAGAGAAAUACCCCGGUAGGAAGAAAUUGUUCCAUAGAACGGUUGAAAAGGGAACGCCCGUAAAGAUCCGCAGCGUGAUAACGAACUCGAUUCGUUUGAUCGAAUAGAUUCCACCAGGGCGGAAGCAGCUCAGUCACUUUUUCCAAGGGUCUUCCUCGCCUAGAUGCAGCCAAUACGGAAACGAUGGCAUUUAUUGGCGCAUCGCGAAUGUAACUGUAACUACCCUCGACUCGAUUUCAGAGACCCGAGCCCUUUCUUCCUGCUGUUUUUCUCUCUCUCUCUUUCUCUCUCUCUCUCUCUCUCUCUCUCUCUCUCUCUCGGGUCACGAGACUGACGGCCACCUUCACUUCGAUCGACGAACUUCGUACGCGGAGCACUUAAGAAAACGUAGUUUCGAGUUCGCGGAACUUUGCCCGACAUUUGCGAGCCCUCCCGACGACUUCUUUUUUAGGAAGGCAUUACGCUCGCAAAUAUUGCCAUACGGACACACUGUACGUUAUACGUACACUCGCGCGUGAAAUACUCAUUGUUCUAAGCCGUGGCUGGGCCCCGACAGCGUCGAACGAUCGCCGGCACGAACGUUAAAUUCGCGAGUUCGUUUUAUUUUACCCGACUGUCUCGGGUUAAAUUGGCGAUCGGCUCGCGACGUUCUCGUUCGGUUGUACGUACUUCCGAAGGAAUACGCGGGAAUCUUCUCGCUCAGAGAAUAAGGUUGCUCGCAGCAUAAAUCUCGGUAUUUAAAGUCCGCCGGCGUCGCGAAUGAUAAAUCGAAGAGCGUGGCUGAAAGCAAUUCGGUCUCUUUCACGACCCGCGGAUUCCAUUUUCAAGCGGUACAAGGCCCGUUAAGUAGGUUGACAUUUCGACGUCGUUCGGAUAACGGAGACGCUGAUUCGAGCAGCCAGCGAUCCGGCGACAUGGUCGGGACCCGGCCCCGGCGUUUGUUAGCGUUGUAAUGAAAGUAUUGAAUCGUGAUAGGAUUGCGAGGAAGGCCGAGAUAAGGACGCGAAGAACUAUCGAUGCGCCGUGGAUCCGCGCGAGCCUCGGAUCUGACCUUAAGGUCAGAGUCGCCUCGGAAUUAAUGAUUUUUUGCGUCUGGAACGGAGCGUGUCUGUGCAUUGUAUGCGUGUGCCUCAAAGUGUCCCCGCCAUUGUCGGGGCUCCAUUACGAUAUUAAGUAAGUUUUAUACUUCCUAGAGUAUAGCGAUUAUUUUUAUAAAGAGUAGCGAAUAGCAGCGGCGUUACGAGCUAGAAUUACGAACGAUCUGUGAAUAUUUAUUUUGUUCUCCCCUCCCCCCAACCCUUUUGCAUACAAAUAUAUCACGUUUUAUAAGUGUUGAGUUGAA